AUGCGGUCGCGGCCGAUCAGUCUCACAGCUGCUCUUGAGUUCUGUUUGAAAAAGCUCCACAUGAGAAUGCAGUGUGAACUCGGGAACAAAUAUCCUAGUCUUUUGCGCUGCAUCGCAGCGGUAACGGCUCACGAAUGCAUUCGUGGGCCAGACCGUGACACUCAGCAACUUAUAAUAGAAGAAGCAGGAAUGCUUAAUUCUAGUUCCACUAGUAUAGAGUCUUUUAUCCAAUACCUCUACACUGAUCAAAUCGAAGCCUUGAAGCUAGAUAACUUUUUAGAAGUGCCUUUGGUGCAUGUGUUGGGUAAAGUUCUAGAUAAAACGCCCGGAAUAAAAAACCUAUGGUAUCGUGACCGCAUUGUGGAGGCCCUUGUUCGUCGACUCUUUGCCAACUACCUUGUCCGUGAGCACCAGAAGUCUAUUUGGUCUCCGUCACGGUUGGACUUGGCUAAUGUCAUAGCUCGACCGCUCAGCGGCGAAGGAAAUAGACUACCCUAUACUAGCUACGCGGGUGGAUCGCGCACGGACCUACGCGCACUCCAUUUUCGUAGCCAGACAAGUAGCAAUAUUAAGAAAAAGUACCUUUCCGUAGCCAUAGAUCCGGACACGUUCCCUGUCCUCUUCAGAAAGACGCCCGUGACAUAGCUAGUUAUGUGUAAAAAAGGGCGAAGUGGGACGUUGCGGCUCGCCUUUGGCGCUUCAGCUGUCUGAAAAACCCCGCUCGCCCGGCAUGGCUAUAAAAUAAUCGCGGCUACAUGUCUUGUGGCUUAAAUAAAGGCCUUAGGGGUGCUGAAUUACGCGUCACGUUCGGUAUCGCUCGAAUUCGGAGGUUUCAGUAGACAUCGAGACGCGGUUAGUGCAGUCACGGCCCAUGUCAUCCUAAAUGUUAAUGAUUGAACCUACGUUGAAGAUUGCGUUCUCUUCCAAGACGUGAAGGUAAGCAUAGGAUAUGUCGGCUAUA